CCCCUUUUAACAUUAUUUUGUUAGCACACUUUUUUUAUUAACUUGGUACCUGGUAGCAGUUAAAAAUCUGGUUUCCCUCUCUGAUUGCCAGAAUAGUUCCUGACACUUGAGGAACUCCUAUCGGUGACCAGUGACCGGCAACUGUGCAAACCGCAUUAGCUCCGCAUUAGGGAUCGAUAACUGAGACAGGUCAGCUGACAGGUCACAAAUAGGGCAAUUAAAUCCUGCUUUCGGGCUUUUGAGUACCGAUUGCCAAUCACUGCAACCCAUUCUUCUCUUACCAAUGACCACACACGUGACACCUGAGCUUACCUCCUCCAAAGCUCCUCCGGGCUCCAGACUGCGUUUUAGCAGAGCGGAAGUUCGAACAGAAGCCAUUGCAGCCAGGACCAGGAUUACGUGUACCGGUACUAGAGACUAGUACAGCGUAGCUCCAGCCUUCAGCGCUCGUUGCGUCUUGGGGUCACUUUUCCCUGACGCUAGCUAGCUUGCCUCAUCAGCCCAAAAGCCAGAGCCACAAAAAGGUAGAGCAGCACACAAAUCAACCAGCCAGGACCAUGAAAGCCUUUGAUAAGUUUGAAGACGAGACGCUUGCCAAGUCCACCGACGAGGAAGAGCUGGAUAGCGAAACCAGCUUAUCCUCGGUGACCCGUCGCGAUGAAGUGUUGGAGGUCCGAAAGCAAUCGAGCAAGGAGACGGCUCGUGUCAGGACUUGGAAGUGCCUUGCCUUUCUUGCUCUCUUGGGGACGGCCGUCUCUGUGACGGCGACCACUUACGCCUUGCUAGUCAAGCAAGAGCAUGAUAACUUUCGUACUGUGUACUAUCAGUUUGCUCGUACCGUGGCCGACUCGGCAGUGAACCAACAGCGGGACGUCUUGGAUGGUCUGUGCUUCCUCUCCAACAGCAUCAGUCUCUCCGCCCUCCAGCAUCAAGACAGCCAGGGCAACCUCCCUUGGCCUUUCUUCCUACCUCCCAUGUUCGAGACUACGGCUGAAAAGUACAUGGCUGUCUCCAAGGCGGAGCAUCUGGGAUUCAACUCGAUCGUCUCUCACGAAAACAAGGACGCCUUUCUGGACUUUGCAGCCGUGGAAGUCCCCAACCAAAUCAGGGAAUCACACUUGAUCAAGUAUGGCAACACGGACAAGCUCAACAACGAAACAAAGCUUGCUUCCACCAUUAUCCAAAAGACAAAGGAUGGUUGGGUACCAGAUGUGGACGGCCGUGAAUGGUACCACGUACGCUCGGCACAGGCUCCACCAUCUCGAAAGCUUUCGGCUCCAUUCAUGUGGAACAUCAAUAGCAACCCCGGCGUGAACUCUUCCAUGACACCCUUGGUGGAACUCCGCAAUGAAACCUUCUACCAGCCUGUCAAAAAGUUUAUGGGUCUCACUCCGGAAGAACACAAGGGUUACCAUGCCGAUAAUGCGGUUGAUAAUCCCCAUUUCUUUGUCUACCAUCCCAUCAACAAGUACCCCGACGACCCACACUCCGAGGUUGUGGCGACACUGGCCACGACGCUGUCGUUUGAUGCUGCCUUUCGAAAGCUGCUUCCUGACAAUGUCAAGGGAAUGUACUGUGUCAUUGAAAACUCCUGCGGUCAGACUAUCACCUACUUGAUUGAUGGCGAAGAGGCCUACUACAAGAACAUGUCGGAUCUCCACGACCCUCGCUUUGAUGACAUGGCAGUCUAUCAAUACCUUAUGCUCUCCGAUAGUCCCGCCCUCCAAGACCAUCCAGCCCAUUGCCGCUAUCAUAUGAACAUCUAUCCAACCAAGGAAUUUGAAAGUGAUUACAAGUCGAACACUCCCGUAAUCUAUGCUGUCGUGGUGGCAACGACGUUUGCCAUUGUGGCACUAAUCUUCCUCGUCUUUGACCGCAUGGUGGGAGUUCGAAACGAAAUCAUGGUUUCCAAUGCCGCCAAGAGCAAUGCCAUUGUGAGUUCUGUGGUGCCCGAUCACUUGCGAGAUCGAUGGAUGCAGAGCCAGGAGCAAGACAACUCGGCGUCUACCAGCACGUUCACCAGCACAAGCUUCAGUACCAAGGCCAACCUCAGCUCUUUCUUAAACAACUCCGAUGUCGCAGUGGAAGUCUCAAGUCCUCUGGCCGACCUUUAUCUCGACACGACGGUUCUGUUUGCAGACAUUGCAAACUUUGACGCUUGGUCCUCUACUCGUGCUCCAACGGAUGUCUUCAUACUUCUUGAAACGCUGUUUCAGGCGUUUGACGCAAUUGCUCGCAGACGACGUGUCUACAAGGUCGAAAGUGUCCGAGAUUGUUAUGUCGCCGUGUGCGGUCUGCCCGAAUCCAACCCAACUCAUUCAAUCACGAUGGCCCGCUUCGGGAGGGACAUCCUUUCCAAGACACACUUGCUGACCAAAGCCCUAGAAGUGAAGCUUGGACCGGACACUGGUGACCUAGAUCUACGAGUCGGUAUUCACAGUGGACCGGUGACAGCAGGCGUUCUUCGCGGUGACAGGUGCCGCUUUCAGCUCUUUGGAAGUACCAUGAACUCCUGUCAGGACAAUCUAUUCCAGUCGGGAAAGCCCAACAAGAUCCAGUGCUCUCGUGAAACCACAGAGCAUUUGACAAAGCUCGGCAAAGGAGGAUGGGUUUGUCAGAGAACUGAUCUACCAGACACUCAAGGUUUGGGGACCGGCGAGUUGUAUUGGGUGACCGUCCCAACCGAAAGGGCUGGCAGCACUUGUAGUGCCGCAUCCUCGGACUUUCGCUUGAGCUCGACACUGCACUCUGGCCACGAUGGUCGAACGAAGCGUCUAAUUGAUUGGAACGUAGAGAUGUUGAGCAAUCUCAUGAAAGAGAUUGUAGCCCGCCGAGGUGGUGUCUCCGUCAAGUCCACAAAGGGCGCCGCGACAGAAUCCAGAAAGACGCUGCCAUUGGAAGAGGUCCGUGAAAUCAUCGAGCUCCCCGCCUUCGAUUCUCAGGAAGCGUCCAAGCAAAUGUCUCCAGAAGAUGUUACGUUACCCCUUAUCGUCACGAAACAGCUACGUCAACUGGUCUCUACCAUCGCUUGCAUGUACAACGACAAUCCCUUCCACAACUUUGAUCAUGCAUCCCACGUUGUCAUGAGUGUAAUCAAAUUGAUGGGAAGGAUCGUGGGUCCGAGCGACAUCGUUGGUGCUGUAGAUGAAGACAACCAUGCCGAAAGUCUGCAUGAUCAUACUUACGGCAUCACGAGCGAUCCCUUGACGCAAUUUGCCUGCGCUUUCUCGGCUUUGAUUCAUGACGUCGAUCAUGUUGGUGUCUCCAAUGCCCAGCUGGUCAAGGAAGGAGUUCCUAUUGCAUCCAAAUAUGGAGAAAGGAGCGUUGCCGAACAGAAUUCGUUGGACCUGUCUUGGGAUUUGCUUAUGGGCCCCGAAUUUGAAGAACUUCGUGCCUUCCUCUUCCCUUCGGCAGCUGAGCUUACUCGGUUUCGGCAACUCGUGGUGAACUCAGUGAUGGCGACUGACAUUGUUGAUAAAGACUUGAAGGCCCUUCGUAAUGGGCGGUGGGAGAAAGCUUUUACUUCCCAGGUUGCCAAAUCCCCAACAGAGAGUCCCCGCGAUGCUACCAACAGAAAGGCUACAAUUGUUAUCGAGCACAUCAUCCAGGCAUCGGACAUAUCACAUACAAUGCAACAUUGGCAUGUCUACAGAAAAUGGAACCAGAACCUAUUUGAAGAACUUUAUGUUGCCUACUUGAACGGGCGAAUGGAGAAGGACCCAGCCGAAUUUUGGUUCAAGGGCGAAAUUGGUUUCUUUGACUUCUACAUCAUUCCAUUGACAGAGAAGCUCAAGGAAUGUGGAGUAUUUGGAGUCAGCUCUGGUGAAUACCUAGACUAUGCUUUGAAGAACAAGAGGGAGUGGGUAGCCAAUGGGGAGAAGGCUGUAGCAGAAAUGGUAGAUCUGGCCAGAUCCAAGUAUGGCGUGAAAGGGGAAGAAACCCAGCCCCCAAUGCCAGCACUACUGGAGGAGGGAGUGCCUUUUGGCGAGGAAGUGGAGGUUUGAUGCAGCUACAGCUUCGUCACUUUUGACUAAAGUAAAACCUGCAUAUCUAUAUGUACAUCAUCAAAGCAA